AUGCGCAUUUCUAGCUUGGCUAUUGUCUUUCAAAGCGCAAGUCUCUUCGUGGCAACUAUUGCUGUACAAAUAACAAGCCAUGAAACUUCCCAAAAGAAAGAAUUUGUUUGCAACCGACGCAUUAUUGGGGAAGACGAAUUUUCAAAGCCACCGCAGAGGAAAAUAACAGAGAUAAUAGAUAAUGGAGGACCCGUGUCUGUGGCGGAUAAAUUUUACGAAUUAUUGCAAAGCGUGGAAGACGACAAAGUUGUUAUGUAUAGUGACAAUGACUCGAAUUAUUUCACCUUCUACAGCGUCAAUAAUUUAAAAUUAGAUAACGGUUGGGGCAAUACUAAUACCCUACAAGAAUAUAUCCUCGUUAUCGACGAAUAUGGUCGGGUCUGUGCUAUGAUACUAAAACUGACGGUUCGCCAAGCCAUGUGGGGUCCUGCGUCUGCACCUAUAUUUCAUUUCUCAUUAUGCGUGAUUGAUGUUUGA